UUAUUAUCGUAAACAUAAAAUAAUUGGGGUUAAUUGGUAAAUUCUUAUAAGUAUAAGAUUCUAUUUGCAAUUAUUAAUAAAAUAAAAAUGAAAUUAUUUAAGAAAUAUUAUUUUUGGAGUAGAAAAUGGAGUAAUACAUUGGAGUAAAACCUUACUCCAUUUUGGUGUUGCACCAUUUUGGAGUAAAAAAUGGGGUAAUACAUUGGAGAUGCUCUUACUCAAAAAUAUGGACAGCUAGAUUGAAAUCACAGGAGAAUAUGGUAAUGGAAAAGAAGAAUUAACUCUACUUUUAUGUUUUUAAGCCCACACAAUGUUAUUAUGAUGUUUUCUUUUAUUGAAGUUUGAAUCCAUGUGUAUAUAGAAAGUGAUUACUUGUGUUUAUUUGUACUAUUGCACUGAUGAUAGUGUUCAAUCUGAUUACAUGGUUGGAGAAAAAAAUCAAGUUCAUCCUUCAAAUGGCUAUUUCCUUAGUUAUUGUGAUGUUUUUAAUGGUGGAAGUUGGAAUGUAAACAUAUGUAAAGUUGCAGGGAUCUAUAUUUUUUUUUGUGAUAGUAUGUGUUUUAACAUUCUGAUGAGUAUUUCUUUUUACUAUAUGUUUGGUAUAUAUGAGUAUUUUACUUCAAAAUAGAUUAUCAUUAUAUUUAUACUUUUUUCAUACAUUUCUAUCAUCAAAUGUCCUUUUUAAUGUCGAUUUUGAUUAAUUAUGCUUUCCAUAGUUUGAAACCGUCUUGUAAAUAUAUAUCCUUGCAUUAGAUUUACCAAGAAGCUCGCUGUUGUUUUGUGGGCCAUAGGUGAAAGCAGUAUGUUUACAUUGUCAGUAUUUUAAACUUCGUGUUUUAUAACGUAGACAAAAUAAAUCAUGUGAAUGAUACAUGACGUCCCAUGACUAAGAGUAGAUAUGUGCCAACGGUUUUACCGAUUAAUUAGGGUAUAGAUUAUAAAUACUAGUCCAUUAAUUACUUUGAGGUGGGGGAGUCUAUAUAUAGUUUAGCGAAUGAUUAAUCAUCUUUUGCAAAACUGCGUAAUAGUAAUGUAUUAUUACAUUUUUGGAACUCAUGAAAAGUGACUGGGCUUUUACAUAGGGGACUGAAGUCUAAUACGGGCCUCAGAUUCUAUAAUAACUUUUAGACCCAAAGACUUUUUAUAUAGUUCGACAUUAUAUAGUCUACGCUUUCUGUCAACAUCGUCUGUGAACUGGACAGACACCGGGAGGUCCAGGACACUCGAGUCUAUCAUCCACACCAUAAUUUUGGUCUUAUUAAAGUUUUUUUCUUUUGGUUAUGUUGUUUGAAGCCAAUAAUUUAGAACUUGGAUGGAUACUUUGUGUGGUUUAUUCAUCCAGCUUAAGAAUGUAACCCUGUAACGUUGUUGACAAAAUAUCUACAAAAAGAAAAAUACUUGUAAGCUUGUAAGACCAUCCACAACGGGAUUCCUUAAAGGAAUCCUUAGUGCAAAUCCUUGGGUUUGUUUUAAUAAAGUAUUAUUAAUUAUCCUAAUUGAACUAAGGAUUGGUCCGUGGAGAAGGAUUUUAAGGAUCAAGUCCUUGUGUACGUGUCAUCGCUUGAGUGGGUCGGUCUCGGUUUAGGGAUUGGCUUGGGUAAAAAAAAAGAAAAACAUUCUCGACCGAAGGAAAAAAAAAAAGAGCUCUGGAGAUAAAGGCGACAUCGCGGCGAUCUCUCUCUCUCAGCUUGACGAAGGUAAAUCCAGGCCUUAAAGUUGUAGAUUUCUCGAUUAAGAUCAGUUUCCAUCUUGUUUGUUGUCUAAAAAGGGCUGGGUUGUGUAGUUUCGAUCGAUUUGGGAAAAGUUUAGAAAUUAGGGUUUGAAAACUAUUUGGGAGAAAAUCGAUUUCGGGAUUCUUUACUUUUGUAGAUAUGGUUUCCAAACAAUUUCGGUUUCAAUUGGAGGCAAAUCUUCUCUUUAUUUCUUAUACGGUUUGAAAUUUCAUUUUUUGUUUCAAUCGAUUAACCGUUUCAAAACCUUUUAUUUUUGAAUCGAAACCUGUUCUUAUUGAUUUGUCAUUUUUAAUGUUUGCAAUCGAUUACGACGAGAUUGUGUUAUCUUAGGAUUAUUUGUGUUCGAUUUCAAUCUGUUCUUAUGGAUUUGUCAUAUUUGUUCUUAUAAAAUGAUAAUAUUGGUUCCUUGGUCAUUGGUUUGAUGAUGAUUAUUGUUUAUUGGUCGUUGGUUUGAUGUUGGUUUGAUGUUGGUUUGAUACUCUUACAAUCCGAGCCCAUCUUACCAUCCUUGGUAGUUGGUUUGCUGUAUAUAACUUGCAUCAUUUCUUUCAGGUAAACGAAUAUGGGACAGGAUUACAGUUACAGCCAGCCAUCUUCAUCAUCAAACUCUGUAGACAUAACCUCCCUCCUUGAAGCAGAAUGUCAGAUGUACGCGGAUGAAGCUGAGAGUAGCUACUUCAAUGCUAUGGCGACUGAGUACCAAGCUCAACCAGAGGCUGAUGAUGGAAUCCCGACUACAUGCUACUGUGGUGCGGAGCCUGUUAUCCGAUACUCUUACACUCCUAAAAACCCAUACAGACGGUACUUUACGUGCGACAAUGCUGAGGAUGGAGACUGCCACGUUUGGAAAUGGUGGGACGUGGCGGCCAUGGAGGAGAUGAGGGACUUUCAGAGGGAGCUUAGGCAGCUUAAGGGUCAAGUUAAUGAGAGUGAGCAUAAGCUGUGUAUCCUCGAGAAGACAGUAUCCGAGUUUUCAAAGAAGGAAGCAGGAGUUAAGCUAAUGGUCUUUAGCUUAGUUUUAAUAGGGUUGGUGUUACUGAUUCUGCGUGGAAUAUUUGGAAAUGGUUCAAAGGAAUGUCGCGCGUUUCUGUAAUAAGGUUAAGGCUGAAGUUGUCACGGGUGCAUUGAAGCUUGGGAAAGUCACGGGUGCAUUAGGAGUAGGGAAAGUCACGGGUGCCUUAGGAGUACUGAAACUCACGGGUUCAUCUCUUUCAGUUUAUGUAGUAUAAGUAGUUCUCGUUUGGUCUUUAGCUAUGUAUCACCUUCUCUUUCUUUCCUCUUCAUCAAAACUUGACUUAUGUUCUUGUGGUUUCUCGGAGAUGUUGUAAGAUGUUGCUACCAUGAUCUGCUAAAGUUCACAAAACCUGCUGAUCUCUUGUAAUAUUUGCGUGUAAGAAGUUCUUCUCUUGAUUCUCUUUGUUUCAAUAUUAAAUCUUGCUAGAAUGUUAUUGUUAACAGGAUGAUCUCUUCAUUCUGUUUCUAUCGAUAUUAAAACUUGGUAGAAUGUUAUUGUAAAAAGGAGGUUCUCUUGGUAGUCUUUGAACUCAAAUACUUGGUAGAAUAUUACAACUUGAUAUACUGUUUUAGUAAAAAGGAUAUUAAGACUUCUCUUGCUAGAAACCAAACGAAUACACUCUUAAUUUUAAGCGUAGGACUAUUGAUUAUGUUAAGAUAAUGGGACGUACGGUGUUAUGUAAAAUUGAUACAUGCAUGGUUUGCAUGGGAAUUAGAAACUGAUCUAGGUACAUGAAAAGUGAAAACAAAGCACUACCACUAAUAAAAAUCACACAAUAACUAUUUUUAGUUUUAGACAACAAUGGAAUUUAUCUCUAUUUAAAAUUAACUAAUAAGUAUAAAAGAAAAACAUUACAAGUCCAGGAGUCAAUUAGUUUAUAUAUUCACAAUAAAAUCAAAUAAGGUUUUUGUUUAUAUAAAACCGGUUGAAAAUUUAGCAGAAUUAGACAGUAUAAAUAUACAAAAAAAUAUGUCAUGUUCUAAAUUUUAAAAUGUAUCUUUGGAGAAAGUGACAGUAAAAAAACCUUAUAUAUAUAAAUGUAUAACUUAUACAUAAUUUGAGAUUAUACGUAAAAAAACGUAUAUGGGAAAAAACUUAUACAUAUAAAUAACUUAUACAUAAUUUGAGAUUAUACAUGAAAAUCAACUUAUAUGGGAAAUAACUCAAGCAGGAUGUCAUCAUCUUCAUCCGAUGGAUUGGAAGAAAGAUUAGACGAAGUUUUCGACGAUAUUUGCGAAGAUACAUUCAACGACAUUCUCGAGGCCCAAACCAAGAAGCAAAAGAAACGUGCUUAUAUAGAACGAAACCGUGAAGCAGGACACAACCGUUUAUGGAAUGACUACUUCACCGAAAAUCCGACAUAUGAGGCACAUUUUUUCAGACGCCGUUUCCGUAUGAACAAGGAAUUAUUCAUGCGUAUUGUAUAUGGCCUCUCACAGAACGUUCCAUUCUUUCAACAAAGAAGAGAUGCUACCGGGAGGCUUGGUCUUUCUCCACUACAAAAAUGUACGGCAGCAAUUCGUAUGCUUGCUUAUGGUUCUGCGGCUGACGCGGUAGACGAAUAUCUCCGACUAGGUGAGAGCACGGCACUUUCCUGUUUACAUAAUUUCACUGACGGAAUAAUACAUUUAUUUGGAAAUGAGUAUCUACGAAGACCCACAGCAGAGGAUCUUCAGCGACUACUCGAUAUUGGAGAGACACGCGGGUUUCCUGGGAUGGUUGGAAGCAUUGACUGUAUGCAUUGGGAGUGGAAAAAUUGCCCAACCUCUUGGAAAGGACAGUAUGCACGUGGAUCAAGCAAACCGACAAUUGUCUUAGAGGCUGUAGCUUCACAAGAUCUUUGGAUAUGGCACGCUUUUUUUGGUCCUCCAGGUACCUUAAACGAUAUUAAUGUCCUUGAUCGGUCUCCUGUUUUUGAUGACAUUAUAGAAGGUCGAGCUCCAAGGUUAGAGUACGUGGUCAACGGACACAAAUAUAAGUUUGCUUACUACCUCACGGACGGUAUAUAUCCAAAAUGGUCAACAUUUAUCCAAUCUAUCACACUUCCUCAAGGUCCGAAAGCAAACUUAUUUGCUAAAGUUCAAGAAUCAGCCCGUAAAGAUGUGGAGCGGGCUUUUGGAGUAUUGCAAGCCCGAUUUGCGAUUGUCAAAAACCCGGCUCUUACAUGGGACAAAGAAAAGAUAGCGAAAAUUAUGCGAGCAUGUAUCAUACUACACAAUAUGAUAGUUGAAAAUGAACGCAAUGGAUAUGCUCAAAUCGACAUCUCGGAAUUUGAAGAAGGAAACGUCACCAGAAGUUCACAGGUGGAAACCGAAACCGACAGGCCUACAAAUCUCAACAACAUAUUUGUCAAUCAAAAUCAGAAAGAUCUUCGGGAUAGGCGUAUACAUGAACAAUUGAAAAAAGAUUUAGUUGAGCAUAUUUGGAACAAAUUUGGUGAUGAAGAUUAAUAAUUAUUGUAUCUUUGAGUUUAAUUAUUGUAUUUUUUUCCAUCAUGCAAUAAAUAAAAAAUAAAUUUCAAUUUAAAAAAAUUAAUUAUUUUUUUAUUCCUAAGGACUCCUAAUUGGAAAUCACCAUUGCACACAUUAUUUUGACUAAAAUCCUUAACUAUUCAAAAAAAAAAAAAAUUUAUUAAACUAAUCCUAAAGACUUCUCCCACAAAUCCACCAUUGUGGAUGCUCUAAAGAGUUCCCAAGCUGAUCCACAUAAAAAAAAGAAAUAUACUUAUGUAUCAAAUAUAAAAAUAUGGAAACAUAUAUAAGUGGGUGAAGAAGAUAGAAUAGAAUA